AUGUCAUACACAAAGGCUUCUGAUAAUCCAUAUGAUAUAGAGAUGAACGCUCCUGUAAGGGCUGCAUCUCCUUCACAAGAUUCAUCACCAUCAUUGGAAUAUAGUACAUUAUCAAUUGAAGAUACAGUAUCAAAACUACGUACAGAUUUACAUUCAGGUUUAACAUCUGUCCAUGAAGUCACUCAAAGAAGAGGUUUACAUGGUCUUAAUGAACUAUCGGGUGAAGAAGAAGAACAUUUAGCUAUAAAAUUUCUUAAAACUUUUUAUCAAGAUCCACUUAUAUUAUUAUUGAUUGGUUCUGCUGCAAUCAGUUUCUUUAUGGGUAAUAUCGAUGAUUCAGUUUCAAUUACAUUGGCAAUUGUCAUUGUGGUCACUGUGGGAUUCGUUCAAGAAUAUAGAUCCGAACAAUCCUUGGAAGCUUUAAACAAAUUAGUUCCUGCUGAGGCUCAUUUAAUUAGAAAUGGUUCAACUUCUGAUGUCUUGGCAUCUCAAUUGGUUCCAGGUGAUUUAGUUCAUUUUGACAUCGGUGAUAGAAUCCCUGCUGAUAUUAGAUUAACUCAAGCUGUUGAUUUGCAAAUUGAUGAAAGUAAUUUAACUGGUGAAACCGAACCUGUUCAUAAGAAAACUGAUCCUGUUGUUCCAAAAACUCAAAAUGGUGUUCCAUUAACUGAACGUGAUUGUAUUGCCUAUAUGGGUACUUUAGUUCGUGAUGGUAAUGGUUCAGGUAUAGUUGUUGGUACUGGUCAUAAAACUGCAUUUGGUUCCGUUUUCGAAAUGAUGAAUGAUAUUGAAAAACCAAAAACUCCAUUACAAAAUACAAUGGAUAAAUUAGGUAAAGAUUUAUCAAUUGUUAGUUUUAUUGUCAUUGGUAUUAUUUGUUUAAUUGGUAUUUUCCAAGGUCGUUCAUGGUUAGAAAUGUUUCAAGUUUCAGUGUCUUUAGCUGUUGCUGCUAUCCCUGAAGGUUUACCAAUCAUUGUUACUGUUACAUUAGCUCUUGGUGUUUUAAGAAUGGCCCGUCAUAAGGCAAUUGUUAAAAGAUUACCAAGUGUGGAAACUUUAGGUUCAGUUAAUGUUAUUUGUAGUGAUAAAACUGGUACUUUAACUCAAAAUCAUAUGACUGUUAAAAAAGUUUGGACAAUUGAUAUGAAUUCUGAAAGUUUAACUGUUGAUAAACAAAUUAACAAAGGUGCUUCAUUAAAACAAUAUUUAACUGAUGAUGUUAAACAAACUUUAGAAACUGCAAAUAUUUGUAAUAAUGCUAAAUAUUCUCAAGAAGCUGCUAAAUUUGUUGGUAAUGCAACUGAUAUUGCACUUUUAGAAGCUUUAUCAUCAUUUGAAUUAGAAGAUAUUAGAAAUACAAGAUCUCGUACAAAAGAAUUACCAUUUUCAUCUCUAAGAAAAUUCAUGGCUUUAACUGUUAAUAGUGGAGAUUUAUCAAAACAUGAAACUUAUGCUAAAGGUGCUGUUGAAAGAAUUUUAGAAAGAUCAACACAUUAUAUUACAAAAGAAAAUAAAGUUGAAAAAUUAACUUCAGAUUUACAUAACAAAAUUCAUGAAGCUGCACAUAAAUUAGCUUUAAAAGGUCUUAGAGUCUUAGCAUUUGCUCAUAAUAAUAAACUUUUCAAAGAACAACCUGAAGAUUUAAUUUUUGAUGGAUUAAUUGCAAUGAAAGAUCCUCCAAGACCAAGUGUUAAAAAUGCUAUUGAAAGACUAGUUCAUGGUGGUGUUCAUGUUAUUAUGAUUACUGGUGAUUCUGUAACUACAGCUGUUCAAAUUGCUAAAGAAAUUGGUAUGAAUGUUAAUGAUACAGAAAAAUCUGUUAUUAGUGGUGAUAAAUUAGAACAAUUAAGUGAAGAAUCUUUAUCACAAAUUAUUUCAUCAGUUUCAGUUUUCGCAAGAACUACACCUGAACAAAAAGUUCAAAUUGUUCGUGCUUUACAAAGACGUGGUGAUGUUGUUGCUAUGACUGGUGAUGGUGUUAAUGAUGCACCUGCAUUAAAAUUAGCAGAUAUUGGUAUUAGUAUGGGUAAAAUGGGUACAGAUGUUGCAAAAGAAGCUUCAGAUAUGGUUUUAACAAAUGAUGAUUUUAGUGUUAUUUUAAAUGCAAUUGAAGAAGGUAAAGGUAUUUUCAAUAAUAUUCAAAAUUUCUUAACUUUCCAAUUAUCAACAAGUGUUGCAGCAUUAUCAUUAAUUGCAAUUGCUACAUUUUUCAGAUUACCAAAUCCUUUAAAUGCAAUGCAAAUUUUAUGGAUUAAUAUUUUAAUGGAUGGACCACCAGCUCAAUCAUUAGGUGUUGAACCAGUUGAUCAUGAAGUUAUGAAUAAACCACCAAGAAAAAGAGAUGCAAGAAUUUUAACAGAAGAAUUAUUUAAAAGAUUAUUAUCAAAUGCAAUUUUUGUUAUUGUUGGUACAAUUUAUGUUUAUAUUAAAGAAAUGACACAAGAUAAUGAAGUUACAGCAAGAGAUACAACAAUGACAUUUACAUGUUUUGUUUUAUUUGAUAUGUUCAAUGCAUUAAGUUGUCGUCAUUCUACAAAAUCUAUAUUUGAAUUAGGAUUUACAAAUCAAAUGUUUAAUUUUGCAGUUAUUGGAUCAUUAUUAGGUCAAUUAUGUGCAAUUUAUAUACCAUUUUUCCAAUCAAUUUUCCAAACAGAAGCACUUUAUUUUAGUGAUUUAGUAUUUUUAACAUUUAUUUCAAGUUCAGUUUUCAUAUUUGAUGAAGCAAAGAAAUAUUUUUCAAGACAACGUCGUGAUGUUUAUUCAGUUGUUUAA